AAACCCAGCUGGAAGCUGUUAAAGAUGGCCGCCGCGACCGUGGUGGGGUUCGAUGGCCACAGGAUGGAGGAGAAGAAGCUCGAGUACUUCUCCUCCAUCAGCUCCAUGGCCAAGAAGAUCAUGCAGGAGCGGGAGAAAAUCAGAAGCAGAUACGGGCCGUCGUGGGAGCGGAUGACGCCGCAGGAGCAGGACGACGCCAUCGACAACUGCCUGAUGGACCCGCACAUCCGAGCCCGGUACGCCAUGCACAAAGUGGACCGAGAGGAGGUGGUCUGUUACCCGAAACUGCUCCUUCAGACGGGUCAGAAGAUAGUUCACUUCGGAGAAGAGGACCUGACAUGGCAGGAUGAGCACUCUGGACCUUUCUCCUGGGAAACGAAGAGUCAGAUGGAGUUCAGCCUGACUCCUGCACCUUCAGAUCAGCUCAUCACUGUGUCACAGGUCGAGUCAAAGAGUGUGAAGCUAAAUCACUGCAGUCAGACCAGCAGGACUCCUGCAGGACCCCAGCCCCCCGCCCCCACCUCCGUCAGUGCCACACCUGCAUCCAUCUCCAUAGCUCCGCCCCCCGUCCCACCUGUCAGCGUGUCGUCGUCAGCUGGAGGCUGGGAGAGGUCUCAGAGCACCCUGCCCUCCGUCAGCAACACCCUGGAUGAAGUGUUCUCCUCCAGUCUGAGGUCCAAGCCUUCGAACCCCGCUGCCACUGUGGACAGGGAGGAGGAGGGGUCAGCCAACACGGACAGCCCCACCUUUUCUCAGUUUAACACCAGCAGCAGCAUCCUGAAGACUGGAUUUGACUUCUUGGACAACUGGUAAAAAACCGAGACCAGUUCCUGCACUGAACCUGAUCAUCAUCACUUCAAUGGAAGGACCACCAACAUGACGGUUCUUUAAACCCACCACGUUCUGCUCUYAUCAUCCUCAGUGAUUCAUUUAGGCUUUCUCACCACCUAUACGCUGCUGAUUUCUUUUCUUCACAAAGCGGCCAUCUUGAAUUUUUAAUUAUUUUGUUGUUGCAAACACUCUGUUUUAUUAAAUAUAAAUAAAGCUGAAUAGUGUAGGAAUAAAGUAAUUGGGACACAAGUUUGUGGACAUAUUUGUGAACUUUGUAAGAAGGUGCACUUGGCUGCAGCCUCUCGUAGCUCAUAGACACUAACAGUUCUUCAWGCUUAAGAGUUUAAUCUAAAACUGUCGCAUUUUAUUAAAGAACAGGUUUGCUUUUAUUUCUAACUGAUCACGUCGCUUCUGUUUGAGGUUUUAUAGUGGCUGUAGUCCUGUCAGAUACUGCAGAUUAAUAACUGGUCGUUGAUGUUUAAGACUUCAGAUGAGGAGAAAUUAUGUUUUAUCAGAAUUAUAUUUCUAAUUUUAAUAUUUUCAUUCCAAUAUAAAAAAGACUGUUGAUGUUUUGGAGGUUUUGUUAAUCGGUUGUACGCUCAGGCUGUUACAARUAAAGCUCUUUUAUGGAUCAAGCUUCACAUGCGCAGCUGCUUUGAUAAAAACAAAACAUUGAAACAUUUGUUGGUAAGUGAGCAGACGUCAUGGAUCAAAACCCCAGAACUUAAUAAUUAGAGUCCUAUUUUACUGAGUUUUAUAUUUAUCCUCUGGUUGUAUCUGUUACAUGAGUAUUAUUUUGAGAUGAUGGUAGUUUGAAAAUAAAUGAAAUGUAAAAUA